AGCAAGUUUUAAAGCAACCCUGCAUAUUGAAUAGUAUAAGGAAUAAAGAAAGAAAUGGAGUAAAGAGCUCUGGUACAAAAAAAGAUUGUUUAUUGAUAAAGUGUGUCAGUGGAGAGAAGUGAACAAAUGAAUCACGUAAAAUUCAAUAGAUAAAGCAUGCAUUUUUCUAGGAAUCUUAUCAACCAAACUUUCUUCUUGGCCUCCAAGCUCUGCCUAAUUAACAUGAAUUUGCUUUGUUUAUUUUGUCUCUUACUGCAAAUUCAAUCAUUUUCUAUGAAUGGAAGUGAAUUAUUAGCUGCCACUUUUGACUCUGUUCUUAUUAAUAUAACCUCACAAUUUUAGUAUUUUUAAGAUCAGACCAGAAUCAAAUCCAAGAUAGUUCAAACAUGUCAAGCUGCAGUCACCAGAAACUUGCCCACAUAGUCCUUCUGCCAAGUGCUGGUAUGGGUCAUCUCACACCCUUCCUUAGACUUGCUGCUUUACUUGCAAUCCAUAAUGUUGAAGUAACCUUGAUCACUCCAAAUCCAACCGUCUCCUUAUCAGAGUCCCAAGCUUUAAUUCACUUCUUCACUUCCUUCCCUCAUAUCAAUCAAAAGCAGCUUCAUCUCCUUUCUAUUGAAAGAUUUCCCACCAGCUCAGAGGACCCUUUUUAUGACCAUAUGGAGCGCAUUUGUCAAUCCUCUCACCUUCUGCUUCCUCUGCUCUCUUCCCUAUCUCCACCUCUCUCAGCUGUUAUCACAGAUAUGACCUUGGCCUUUGCAGCUAUUCCAAUCACUCAGGCUCUUAAUCUUCCUAAUUAUGUUCUCUUCACAUCAUCUGCUAAGAUGUUAGCACUUUAUCUAUCCUUCCAUGCAAUGAUUGGUUCGGAACCUACAAUUGAUUUAGGUGAUACCGAUGGUAUCAAGAUUCCAAGUCUAGAGCCAAUACCCAGAUCAUGGAUUCCCCCACCACUUUUACAAGAUACAAAUAAUCUCCUCAAGACUUAUUUCAUCAAGAAUGGCAAGAAAAUGGCAGAAUCAAGUGGGAUUCUUGUGAAUACAUUUGACAGUAUUGAGCAUGAGGUACUCGAACAGCUAAAUGCGGGAAAAGUAAUUGAAAACUUACCGCCAGUGAUUGCCAUAGGGCCACUUGCAUCUUGUGAAUCUGAAACGAAGCAAGCGUUGGCAUGGCUUGACAGCCAACAGAAUGGUUCAGUCCUGUUUGUCAGCUUUGGUAGCAGAACUGCUAUUUCAAGAGCACAACUAACAGAAUUAGGUGAAGGAUUGGUAAGGAGUGGAAUCAGGUUUCUAUGGAUGGUGAAAGAUAAGAAAGUUGAUAAAGAAGACGAAGAGGAUUUGAGUCAAGUGAUAGGAAAUAGAUUAAUAGAAAGGCUGAAGGAGAGAGGAUUGGUAGUGAAGUCAUGGCUAAACCAAGAAGAUGUACUAAGACACUCAGCAAUUGGAGGUUUCUUGAGUCAUUGUGGAUGGAAUUCAGUGACAGAGGCUGUUCAGCACGGCAUACCAAUAUUAGCAUGGCCGCAGCAUGGAGACCAGAAAAUCAAUGCUGACAUUGUGGAGAGGAUUGUAUUAGGAACUUGGGAGAAAAGCUGGGGAUGGGGGGGAGAGGUGGUAGUGAAAGGGAAUGAUAUUGCAGAAAUGAUUAAGGAAAUGAUGGGGAAUGACUUGUUAAGAGCUCAUGCAGUGCAGAUUAGGGAAGAGGCUAGAAGAGCUAUAGCAGAUACUGGUAAUUCCACAAAGGGACUGAUGGGACUCAUCGAAACAUGGAAGAAGAUAUGAAGCAAUAUGAAAAGUUUAAUAUAUCUUUAUUUAAUUGGUUUUGCAGGUUGAUUAGUCUGCAAGAAAUUUGUUUAAUUGAUCGCAAUGUUACCAGUCAUAUUUGUUUUUGUAAAACAUGUCAAAGUUCUAAUGAAGCUUGCAUCAACUAAGCAGAGACACUUCUCUUA